AUGGCAUCCAACAAUAAAUACGAAUAUCUAAAUGAAACGUCGAUUGAUGAGCUUUUAAUAUGCCACAUUUGCAGAAGUCCUUUGGUUGAUCCUAUAUCAAGUCCAUGUCAGCAUACAGCCUGUUGUCAAUGCAUUAAGAGGUGGCUCAAAAAUACUUCAUCUUGUCCUGUAUGCCGAAAAUCAUUGGUAGAAAACGAUUUGAAACCUGUUACCGAGCGUAUUCUCCUCCAAAUGCUGAAUCGACUUAAAGUUAAAUGCACAGAAUGCGGACAAACAGAUCUGGAAAGAGGAAAUUUCAACGAUCAUAUUGAAAAAGCAUGCACCAAUUCCACUGUCGAGUGCCCAUCGGCAGCCAUCAAGUGUCCAUGGAGAGGGCAGCGAGAUCAGUUGAACGAUCAUUUAGCCACGUGUGUUUUUGAACCGAUCCGACCUAUGUUUAGCGAAUUGAUCAACGAGAAUCAACAACUAAAAGAGCAAGUUCAGCAACUUCAGAUGAAUAAUCAAAGACAGCAAGAUACCGGUGCACGUGAAAUGAACACAACAGGUAAUAUAAAUUCACUAAUUAUCAGAGAAGAUUGCCACGGUUCACAAUGA